AUGAAGGUUAAACCAAACUGGAGAGGAGACAACAUAGCACAGCCACUUUUGAAAUCAGAGGCACAAAUGAUCGAUAACAUGGAUAUGCUACAUCCAGUAACUGGAGUUGCUCUUAUUUGCAUUGGAGCCUCCGUACAAAUGGGUCUGUCUGAUGUCUUAAUUGUUCUGAAUGAAACGUCUUCAGGAACUCCACUAGUUCUCACCAUUGUUGGGAUGAUCAUCUUCUUCCUCUCUGGAUUUGGAGCAGUGGCUGCAUUAAAGGAAAAUCUCUUCCUGCUCAAAACUUUUUCAGGCAUGAUGCUGAUGCUCUUCAUAAUUGAGAUUAUUGUAGGAAUAUCUGCAUACAGCUACAGAGACAAGCUUCAAAGGGUUUUGUCUCGGAACUUCCUUAUUCUCCUAAACCAGUAUGGCUCAGACAAAGAAAUUACCAAAGGGCUCGAUCUUCUGCACCAGAAGUUUCAGUGCUGUGGAGCACAGAAUUUUACAGACUGGUUUAACAGCACCUUCGGGAAAUCAACCUCUUCAGUCCCCAUGAGUUGCUGCAAGAAUAUCCAGCAGAAAUGUGGUGAUCAUCCACUGGAAAACUCUGAGAACAUCUACAAGGAGGGUUGUGUUGAGAAGAUGAGAAACUGGAUAGGCGACCAUAUCGGAGUAAUUGGUGCUGUGGGUGUUGGCUUUGGAGUUGCACAGAUCUGUGGAAUCCUGUUUUCAUGGUGGCUUGUGAAGAUCCUCCAAGAAGAUUAUGUUACUUUGUAG